AUAAUAAUUCUAUUUCUUUUCUCCCUCAGAUCUGAGCUCGGGAGGCCGCAGGCUGGCCCCGCUGCCUCGUCUCAGCCUCACAGCAUAACAGUCCACCGCCGUGCUGCCGCCAUUGCCUCCUCCGCCGCAGCCAGCAGGCACCAGGCCCCGCCCGGCCACCUGGGCCGCCACUCCUCACACCUUCGCGGGAACUUAUGGACGACUUGAAAUACCGUGCUUGUUUUCGUUUUUUCUUGGAAGUAUCUACAUGAUUUGCCCUCUGUGAUAUUGUUGUGAUAAGUGAGAUGAAUAAGUUUGAUGUAAUGGUCUUUUGAGUUUUUUUCGGUGUCUUGUCUUGACAGAAAAUAUAUCAUUAUAUAAAUUAAUUCUGAAAAUCAAGGCCUCGUGGUGCUCUCGUUGUGGAAAUGUUUACGCAAUGCUGAUCGAUGUCUAACCCGGUGACCUGGCUGCGCCACGCCUGACGCCGAGCCAGUGUGCCUCUCUUGAUGACGGGGCGGCCGACCACUCUCUGAUGUCUCGAGGCGGCCGCGCCUCACCCUGGCUGGGGUCGGGAACUGGGAGCCAGAUGCACUUUCCGUGGACUGCCGGAGCACAUGUCUCUCCCAGCAGCGUGUGUCACCGCCCUGGAGAAACUCUCUCCCACCCUGGCGUGGGUUCCGCCCCUCCCAUCGGCCCCGUUAUGAGAGCGCGUGGACCUGCACGGUGAGAGGAUGAGAAGACUACACCGGGCAAAAUACAACUUCAAGGCAAAGAGAAGAAGAAGAGGUGCGGAAAGAAACAACAGCAACAGCGGCGGAGGCGAAGGAGGCGGCGGCAGUGGUACAGGCAGCAGGAGCAGCAGUCACCAGGAAGGGCGGGCUCGGCUCUAGCCCCUUGUCCUCCCCACGAUCCUAAGUCUCCCUCCAGCCCCGUCAGCCACCUCUGUUACCCUGGACCGUUGUGGGCCGAGCGAGGCCUCCAGUGAACCCCCGUGUUACCAGACGCUACUUACUGAAUACAUUGAAAAGUGUUGGGACUUCUUGAACUUUUUUGUCAGAGAACCUCGAGGAGUGAGAUUCCUCGUCUUUACACCCCGAUUGGCUGCGCCGUGACCUGAGCUGCGCACGUGCACCAUGCGUGAGGUCGUGUGGGACUCUGACCUCCAGAGGCUGACCCCGCGCAUGCGCAGUGGGUGAAAUGAAGAAACAAAACGUUCGUACCGUCUCCCUGAUCGUGUGCACGUUCACAUACCUGCUUAUGGGAGCCGCAGUGUUCGACGCCCUUGAGUCUGAGCACGAGAGGAAGAAGUCUGACGUUCUCCAAAAGAUCGAGCAUCAGCUCAGGAAGAACUACAGCAUCAAGCCGGAUGACUUCAAGCUGCUGGAGACGGUGGUGCUGCAAGGCGUCCCUCACAAGGCCGGCCAGCAGUGGAAGUUUGCCGGGGCCUUCUACUACGCCACCACCGUCCUGACCACCAUUGGUGAGUACACUGAGUGUCUUUCUCGCCCCAACACGUGCUUUCUUUCGCGGCCUCUGUCGGCCUGUCAGGGGACGUGAAACAUUGAUGCUGUCUUGAUUCCGCGGAGAGAGACUGAGACAUCCCCUGAAGGUGCCAUUGUAAAACGUUUCGUCCUCUAUUUUUUUUUCUAUAUCGUGGUGUUGCAUUGUGAAUGGUGCUUGUUAUCAACUCGGGAAGAUCCAAC